AGGAAAGUAAACGCAGCUGUAACCGAUCUGAUCUACAGCAGCUCUGAGUGGAACAGAGGUGUCAUUUUCUCUGGAAACUCGGGGUUUUUCUGCCUUGCUUUGGAUCGACUCUAUAUUUCGAACAUCGCUCCGGCUUCAGGUUUGAUUCAUCGCUGCUGUUUGCGGUGAGAGGAGGCAGGAAGGGAGUCAGAGAGCAGCGGUCAGUCUGAAACAGACCGGAGGAGGAGAGCAGAAACCCGAGACCAGAUGAAACCAGACGACCCAAUCAGAGAAGACAAUCGCUCGGCCAGAUGAAGCCAGUCUAAGUCAUCGCUGAGAGCUCCUACCAACAUGAAGACUUGUGUGUUUGUGUUGUCGUAUUGUGGUGUGGUUCAUGUGUUCAUGUUGAGGGUGAAGUAGAGUGAGUGAAUACAGCGUGAUGCUGUUCACCAUGGUUGAAGAGGACGUGAUGAACUGCACCAUCAGCCAUGAAAUCCACCAGUACCUUUUCUCCUGUGUGUAUAUCCUCGUACUACUGGUUGGUGUUCCGUCCAACCUGUACUCUCUGUACCAUGCUGCUCUCCAGCUGAAGCAGAAGAAUGAGCUGGGCAUUUAUUUAAUGAACCUCACCGUGUCUGAUCUGUUGUACCUGGCAUCGUUACCUCUGUGGCUGCAGUACAUCUUCCAGGACGAUGACUGGCGUCACAGGGAAUGGUUGUGUCAGCUCUGUGGUUUCCUGCUCUAUGAGAACAUCUACAUCAGCAUCGGCUUUCUGUGCUGUAUCAGUCUGGAUCGCUACCUGGCUGUGGUCCAUCCUCUCAGAUUCACGUCUCUCCGCUCCAUGAAUGCAGCGUGGAUCGUUAGCAGCAUCAUCUGGCUGAAGGAAAUAGCAGUCGGUGUGGUUUUCUUCCGACACAAAGAGCUGAGCAGAGAUCGCAAGAACCAAUCGGUGUGCUUCGAGCACUACCCCAUGCAGCCGUGGGAGUAUCCAAUCAACUACUACCGCUUCACUAUUGGCUUCAUGUUCCCACUGACCAUUUUGUUGAUCAGCUACCUGUGUGUGCUUCGUGCCGUGGGUCGGAGUGCAGGAACUCAGCCGGAUCAGAAGAUCAGGAUCAGGCAGCUGGUGAGCAGCACCAUCCUCAUCUUCCUCGUCUGCUUCUCUCCCUACCACAUCUUCCUGUUAGUGCGCACCCUGCUGGAGCGGGACUGCAACUUCAUUGGAGCGAUAUUUAACUACUACCACCUCUCUCUGUUGCUGACCACCCUGAACUGCGUGGCUGACCCUGCUCUCUACUGCUUCGUCAGUGAAAGCGCCCGCCGUGGCCUCUACAGAGCCCUGUUCAGACCCGUUGCCAAGAUACUCUGCUGCUGCCUUCGUCGUGGCAAUGCCAGCCCUGCCAACCCAGCCAACGAUUCCCACGAGGUCGCCACCGACGAGAACAACGGCCACCCGACCGUGACGCUGCUCACGCACACCAGCACGCUCAACAACACAAAAGCAGAUACUGCCUGUAAAAACACAACUUUAAUCAGACAGACGGAAGAACAAACUAUUUUACCAUUAACUGUAAAAAAUAACAGACAUUCUAUGGAAGGAAAGCCCAGCUGUGUGAUAGCUAUGGAGGAGCAGAACCAACGGACGGAGAGGACUGAGGAAACUGACAUCAGCUAAGAUUAUCAGGACAAACCAGGAGGCUUACUGGAGGUUUUGAGACAACAAAAACUGAUGAUCAGAAAACUCUGAUGGAUGCUGAGAGUGAGUGAAAAAUACAAAGACAAACCACAAGUAUCCUGUGUACGGCUCAGAGCUGGCUGCUCACCCACCUGUGUUUACAUCCUAUGAUUGAUGCAUCAAUAGCAUGAAUCUGACGUGUGUUUUCUCACAGCAAAUGAUCUGUUUACAUUUCUGUGGUUUGUAUGUGACAGCUAAAGGGAAAGGUAGAGCUCAUAUGGAUGAGAGGUCUGCGCUAUGGGUACGAAUCCCUUGGACAACUUGCCAGUAUUCUUUUGAAAAUGUUAUUUUGGUAUCACCUUUAAGAACUAGAAAAGCAUUCAGAGAGCAGUCCUCCUCCAAGGCUUCACAGUCCUUGUGUCAUUUCAUACAGAUAAGUCCUCAGCGGUGGAUUUGUAGUAGGAUCACAAUCGACUGAUGUAGUGUUCACUUGUUGUCAUGGUUACAGUGAUGCUGUGCCGCUAUCUGGCAAUGAUGCAGAAAUCUUUAACAAAUCCAUGGAUCCAGACUAUAAGCUGCAUCACUGCCAAAAUCUAAUCACUUGGUCCUUCUGUCAUUUCUGAGCUUCACUGGAAAUUUAAUCUAAAUCUGUUAGUCUGUUGUUGUAAUUUGGCUAACAGACACACAGACAAAACAAAAGCGGUUGUCAAAUAACUCUGCAGUAAUUAGCAAUUUAUUAAAAAUUAAGGUGGAACCAGUAGUUACAGUAAUGUUCAAUAAAUGCUUUAUCGAUCAGUUAUAAACCAUUACUAACGUCCAGGUUUGGGUUACCAGCGGUAGAGUACAGGUCUAUCCACAGGGCCUUCACUGCAGUAUUACAACAACGUUACUCUGAUUAAAUUGCAUCGUACACACCAGUAUUAACAAGGGAGUGGCAACAAAGCCUGGUACUAUGUUAUAGAGACAAUUUUAUUUUAUUUUAUUUUUAUAGCAACAAUCAUAGCAUCUCAGUCAUCUCAGGGCUCUUCACAUAGUAACGUCAGGACCUUAGAUUAUUGUACAAACAGAACCUUCAUUUUACUUGUAUUUAAAGUUGGGGCUCAUGUAAAGCAGCAGACAGGCUAAUACUCCUGUGUUCUGAGCAGUGAACAGUCAUAGAAAAUAUAGUUGCUGCUGUCAUCAUGAAGUGGUAAACACCCAGAGAACAUCUGACUGGUUUCUGUGUUCACAUUCAGCCUUCAUGUGUCUAAAGCUCUGUGAUCAUGUUACUCCAGCCUCCAUGUUGUCUCAGGACAGAUUGUGAAAUCUCAUUUGAUGGAGUUUCAUCUACUGAAGCUAUAAACCUUUACGAUACAUUUCUUUACACUCCUAUUUGUUCUCAUUCAUAGUUUAUGAAUGAUUACUGAAGUCAGUUAUCUAUGAUCCAUUGAUCAACCCAUUAGUUAUCAUGAAGAAUGAGUUAUUACUAAGUGGUCCCAGUGUUCCUCUUGUAUUGUUAAAGGAUGCAGUUUAUUUAUAGUAAUAUAACUUCAGUCUUUAAUACUGAUAACAAAGAUACAUAUCUCCUUGCUUAAUAAUUCUACAACUGUUUCCUGUACAACUGAGGAAAAAGAGACAAAACAACAACCUCCACUUGUGAGACGAAACAACAACAGUUCCGUGUGAAAACAGGCUGAGGAAGAACUCUGCUAGAUGUGCUGAUAACGCACCACAUCCUGAGCACAACAGUGGAUGUUUUAUUCACACUGGUAAAAAAACAGAAAAAAAAAAACUUAUUUCAAAGAACAUUUACCGUAAAAAUAAGUGAAAAAAAAUCUGCCAAUAAAACAAGUGAAAAAUGGCUUGGUAAGAUUUCUUGAAAUAGGGUAUAACAUUUAGAAUACUGAGAUCUUAAAAUUACCUGGAAAACUUAUUUUAAGCUCUAUUUUACCAGGAUUGUCCAGCUUCGGUGUCUUAACCCUGCUGUUGUCCUCAUUUAUGGGUACCAAACAAUAUUGUUGCCUUGUCUGAAGAAAAUCCAAAAAUUCAGCAAAAAAAUUCCUAAAUUUAUAAAAAAUUUGCAAAAUCUUCAGGAAGAAAUUUCUUUAAAAAUAUUCCUGAAAAAUUUUAUUUCUUUUAAAAAAAUCCCCAAAUUUGUCAAGAAAUUAAAAUUUAAAAAAAUGAAAAAUGAAAAAUGUAAAUAUUUCCAAAAGAGAGAAUAAAAAUCUUCCAAAAAUCCUAAAAAUAUCUAAAGUGAUUCCAUAUAUAUCAGUAAAACUUCUAAUAUUUUAUUUAAGAACAUUCAGAAAAAUAUAAACCAGAAUCCAAUGAAAUUUGCUGGAUUCUGGUUUAUUUUUUCUCGAAUGUUUUUAAAGAAACUUGUUUUUAAACAUUCCUUUUUUUCCCACCAAAAAACGUUCAAAAAUUUCCCAAAAAUGUGGAAAAUGUGGAAAUUUUUUUGUGAAUUUUUUUUCAUCACAUUUUCAAACUUUGAAAUGGGUCAGUCUGACCCACAGGACGACACGAGGGUAAAGACACGAUAAUUUCAAGAAGGUUUGACUUAAGAUAUUUAAGAUGCAUUGUUCUUAAAACGAGUCCCUCCUUCUGCUGAAAUGUCACUUGUUAAGAGAAUCUAUGUUAAAUCAAGUGGGAUGAGAUAUUUUGUCUAAAAAUGAGACAAAUCGACUUCGUAAGAUUUUGAGUUUUUGCAGUGCAGUGUAUUAAAAUACUCUGAAAACUUCUGGUGCAGCUGAACUGAUGCAGGAAAAUGAAUGGAAUCACUAAAGCUUGAUGACUUUUGAAAAAAAUAUUUGUGUUUCUUAUGGGCUGAUGGGCUUACAGGCGCUCCACAGUUGUUUUUAAUCGAUCAAUAAAAACAGUAUUAGUCGUUCUAAUGAGGAUACAACUUUGAAAACAAGUGGCAGAUAUAUGUUCAGGAUGAGUCAGGCUUUCUGUGACAUGCAUGUGAUCUGCUGCAGGACAACAGUCUAAAGAAAAAAUCUCCAGUGUCUACAUGUUGUUCUUUGCAUGGAUGGGCAUGGCACUAAACUAUUAUUAUUACCAUAUGUGAUAUACUGAAAAAUCUGUAGAGACUGAUGGUAUUUGUGUGAAACAGAACUGAAAGCUUUACUGCUACGGUGAGUUUCUCUGGGAACAUAAUGUUACUUUGUGUUAAACGUGAAAUUAGUGAUGUCAUGGAAGUAUAACAUGGUCAAAAUUUCUGAACUGUUCAUGAGGUUAACAUCACAGUGGAGGAUUUAAUUAGCACAGAGUUAUAUUAUGGUAUUGCAAUGGAAAUAUAACAUUAUGGUCACAUGUUCAGUGAUAUGAUGAUAUAAUAUGCUCACAGUGAUGAAUGUGAUGGAGAAUAUUUUUAUAAAGCUUUGAAACUGUGUGCUAAAAACUCCAGCUUCUACACUCCUUAAUGAUGUGCGAGUCUGCUGCCGUGAGUGUGUG